UCCGUACCAAAGGUCGUCCCUCUGGAGCUCUUAAUCAUCAUAAAGAUAACUCAACUCAAAGAGAUCCUUCCGGUUUUGAAUUGGUAGAUCAUAAAGCAAAACUUUGUUCCAUUUGCCGACAACCUGGGCACAAUGUGCGUACUUGUACAAAUAACUCAGUAUAA